UUUGCUUUUGAACGGCUGUUCGCGGCGCUGAAGGCCAAUGGCGAGCUAUUCCGCUCGAGCGCGUGAUCUCGCAAAGUUGUUCCCACGCCUCAUUCGUGGCUCCAGGAUCGAAGGGGGGAAUUUCGAGCAUUCAUCAGUGGAACCACCGUUGCGCUACACUGUUUUGAGGCCUAUUGUGUGACAAUUUGGACCAAAAUAUAAACUCCCAGCGGGAUUGCGACUCUGCUCCCCUGUGGUUCGAGGCUUCACAGGCCAAUUACUCUUGUACAGUGACCUUUGUGCUUCUUUGAAGUGUUAUUGUUGUUCGCAUUGGACUUUGGGAAAGUGCAUUAAAGGAGGAGGAGGAAUGCACCAUCCACAAUCAGGGAGCCGGAUCUCAGUGACCAUUAGAUGUGUCAACUGAAGACGAGCCUCAAAGUGACCUUUGUUCUUAGAUAAAACCCAACACCCAACUUCAAAGGACGGAAGGGACAAGGCUCUGUCUGAGAAAUCAGAGCCAUAUUUUUGAUUGAGACCUCGUUUUGGAACAAGAGUGCCAUCAAGCUCCACUCCGGUCAAGCGAGAGAGACUGAAACUCUCCCCCAGAGCUAACCAAGCCACUUGGCAAACAGUGGCGGCGGUAUUGGCGGUAUUGGCAGUGUUGACGACUGAACAAGAAGAAGACGACGAAGAGGUGGCAUUUUUGAUCCAUUCUUGUCACUGAAGAAACCCGUUUCCUCCUGAUCUGCACACAAUGAUGGGGCUUCUCUCCAUUCCCAACUUGUACGCACUCCUCUUGGUGGUAUUCUGCAUCAUUCUAUCAGAUUCAGCCAUUGACAAUCUUCGAGGCGGGCAUGUAGCUUUGGCGGCAGCUUCUGAAACAAACGCUCCUGUUGAAGCCCCAGACGAUCCCCCCGAGAAUAGCUUUUAUCGAUCCUCGUCUUGGGCAUUCUGGAAGAACCGUCUUGGCGUGCCCUACUUUUCAAACCAUACCAAGACAUUAGUAGUCACAUCUUAUGGACAGACGACUUAUCUCCAUUGUCUGGUUGGAAAUCUGGGGGACAGAAAGGUAUCGUGGAUUCGAAGCCGGGAUCUGAGGAUUGUGGCCAUUGGCAAGACCAGAUACACCCAAGAUACUCGAUUCACGCCCCUCCAUGAGGAAGGGAACGAUGUUUGGGCGCUCAAGAUCCAAAACACGAGGUUCGAGGACGCUGGUCAGUACGAGUGCCAGGUCUCUUACCAUGACGAUAUGGAGAAGAAGAUGAAGAAACCCGUGAGAUUAGUGGUUCUGGAUUCGGUGGCCAUAAUUGCUGGCAGUACAGAGCGUCAUGUGAAGGAAGGCAGUCGUUUGAGUCUGGCCUGCCACAUCAUUCGGAGCUCAGGCUCGCCGUCCUACGUGUAUUGGUACCACAAUGGGAAAGUGGUCAACUAUUCUGACCGCCAUGGUGUCACCAUCACAACCAAUCCGGGACCACAACGCUCGUCAAAUCCCAAUCCACUGAGGGAUUUCGGGGCCAAAAUAGAAGAAAUCAACGAGGGCCAGCCUUCCUCACUCACUUCCAUUGACGAAGGAGAGGCCAGGCUCGAACCCGUGUCCAAACUCGAAGUUUCGAAUGUGACUCUUGGUGAUGCCGGAGCUUACACUUGCGCUCCAUCCAAUGCUCGAAACCAUUCUGUGGUUGUUCAUGUUGUCAAAGGCGAGAAUCUGGCAAUGCAGAGAAAGACUUCCACAUCGUUUGGCCAAUCAGUGCAACGCUGCCAAGAAGGAAACGUUGUCCUUUUCAUUGGAUUCCUCAUUCUACUCUGCUCUGUCCACUGAGUAUCUGGUGUCUCUCUCUAUCUAUGAUGUACCAUCAAAUUAGCGGCUGUGAAACGAAAAUAAUGAAUUACUAGAUCAAUGUUGGUUUUUCUUGGAUCAUCACAAACCUGGCCAUUUUUAGUCUGAUUGAAAGUACAUGAAUGCUUGCCUUUGAGCGAUUUUGAUCCAAAUGCAAUGUGCAAAUGAUUGAUGAUGAAAAAUUGUUGUAGUGUCAUAUGUCAAGAUCCAUAAAAUCUUACCCAAGUUCUGUG